UCUCUCUCUUCUCAUCACCUGCACAGUGGAUUACGCCCUACGUGGAUUCUGGGACUCAAGAAAGUUAUCAAACUCUCGGGAAUACACAGGGAAGUAAACUUUAUGAAAAGCUGAACAGUUUUUUUCUUCUUCUUUUUUUUUCGUCAAACUGUCUCUGGAGUGUUUGGUGCUUCUUUUUUUUAUAGUGCCAAGACUUAUUAGAGUAUAUAUAUAUUUUUUAUGGAUUAAAGCAAAGUAAGACCAAACCUAAAGGUGAGACACAUCUGCAGAUUUAUGCCUUGGGGGAUGGCAGCAGCCACCUCCAGCCCGUAUUUGGCCAGCAGCAGGAUUUUAUCCGGUCCCAUCGUGCACUCUGACCGGAGAGGUGCUGGAAUGCAGCCGGGCACCACCGCCGUGACCACGGUGUCCGGCGGAUACAGAGGGGACCCAUCUGUUAAGAUGGUGCAGAGUGCAGACUUCAUGCAUGGAGCCAUGGUGGCGAGCAACGGUGGACACAUGCUGAGCCAUGCCCACCAGUGGGUGACAUCGUUGCCUCACGCAGCGGCCGCGGCGGCGGCGGCGGCCGCGGCCGCUGCAGCAGCGGAGACUGGCUCCCCGUGGCCCCCCAGCUCCCAGCCGCAGGAGGUGAAGCGGAACAGGGAUGACCUGCACUCGGGCUCCGCUCUGCACCACAGGUCCCCGCAUCUGGGAGCUCAUCAGACGCACGCGGGAAGCUGGGGAGGAAGCUCCGCGGCGCACAUCAGCAGCAUCAGCGAGGGGCAGCAGCAGCAGCAGCAGCAACAGCAGCAACAGUCUCUGGUUUACUCCCAGCCGUCAGGAUUUACAGUCAACGGGAUGCUGAGCUCUCACACCGGGCAGAGCCUCGCUCACUCGGGGCUGCUGCGCGGGGACUCCCCUGAGCUGGACCACCACCACCAUCACCACCAGAGCCACAACCACCACACGCACCACCACCAGCACCACGGAAUGGGCCACGACCCGCAGUCCGACGAGGACACGCCGACGUCGGACGACUUGGAGCAUUUCGCCAAACAGUUCAAGCAACGUCGGAUCAAGCUGGGCUUCACCCAGGCGGACGUGGGCUUAGCCUUGGGGACGCUGUACGGCAACGUGUUCUCCCAGACCACCAUCUGCAGGUUCGAGGCGCUCCAGCUGAGCUUCAAAAACAUGUGCAAAUUGAAGCCCCUGCUCAACAAAUGGCUGGAGGAGGCCGACUCCACGACCGGGAGCCCGACCAGCAUCGACAAGAUCGCCACGCAGGGGAGGAAGAGGAAGAAGCGCACGUCCAUCGAGGUGAGCGUAAAAGGCGCGCUGGAGAGCCAUUUCCUCAAGUGUCCCAAGCCGUCCGCGCAGGAGAUCAACUCCCUGGCGGACACGCUGCAGCUGGAGAAGGAGGUGGUCCGGGUCUGGUUCUGCAACCGCAGGCAGAAGGAGAAGCGCAUGACGCCGCCUGGACUGCCGCGCACCCCGGAGGACGCGUAUUCUCAGGUUGGGAGCAUCGGUCCGGACACGCCGUCCCCUUCCAUAGAGUGCAAGAGGAUGUACAGCGACACGUGAAAACAGCCAGGACAAACUGUCCAGGCAAGAAACUGAGAGCAAAGACGGAGGGGAAAUGUUUCCUGACUCACCAGAAUUUCUGAGGAAUUUUUUAUAUAUAUAUCAUAAAUCCAUCCGCAGUUUUAGUGUUUUUCUGUAUGUGUUAAUUCCAGAAGCGAGAAAAAAAGAAAAAAGAGAAGAAGUCUACUUUUGUGUUUGUUUGGUAUUUAUCUGUAAUACUGUCUCUGGGACAAAAACAUUAACGCUGAUCUAGUAUCUGCACAAAAGCAAGAAUAAAGUACUUUAAAUACAAAGUUAGAUAAAUAUGAAGACAAAAAGUAAGACAUUUUUUCCUAAAUUGUACAAAAUACAAGUUUUCUUUGUGAUUCUGCAGAAUUCCACCUCCAUCCUGUUAAACCUGAAAGAAAGACAUGUGUUUCAUUCACUUUGUCCAUGAAUAGUUUUUGUAAGCCAGCAAUAAUAAUUUAAUCACCUCCCGUUCAUAUUUUGUGUUGUGCAAAAGUGGAAUUAAGUUGUGACAUGAAAAUGG